AUGACGGAUAUCCCAAAUGAAGUGGCAAAGAAAGUUCUGGAUAAAGUUAUCGACCGGGCAUUAAAAGAAGCAGGGUAUAUGUGUUGCUUGAGGGACAAUGCUGCUGACAAUAAAAAGCAAAAAGGAAAGUUGGAAGCAAAACUAAAGGCUGUGAAGCAACAUUGUGAUGCGACAACCAGCAACGCACAAGAUGCUCCAAAUGAUGUCGUUAACUGGAUAGAGGAAGCUGAUAAGGCCAUUCAAGAGGACACCAAAAUAGAAAAGACAUGGUAUUUAAGAUGGGGUCCCUUCUGGCAGCGAUAUAGUAAGGGAAAGGCACUGUCAAAAAACACGGAGGCGAUUACAGGACUCUUGCAAGAAGCUGAAACCUUGAAAACUGAGGGAGUACCUUCUGAUCAUCCAGGUGUCAAACGCUUUCCUUUAAACAGUUACCUCUCUCUGAAUGGCAGAAAGUUGAAAUGCGAAGAACUUUUGAAUGCACUGAAAAAUGACAACAACUGUAUAACCGUGUUGCAAGGUAUGGGCGGCAUCGGUAAGACUACAUUGGCAAUAGAAGUGGGUCAGGAACUCGAGCAAUUGGAAGAAUUUAAAAAAGUUGUUGUUACUACAGUGUCAUCUACUCCUGACAUAAGAAAGAUUCAAGAUGAUAUUGCUGCACAGUUGAAAUUAGAAUUGAAGGACAAGACUGAAUCACAACGACAAGGAUUACUGUGGAAUAGAUUAACCAAUGGUGAGAAAAUUCUUCUAAUAUUGGAUGACGUAUGGGAAAAUACUGUGAAGCAUGUCGAAUUUGAUAAAAUAGGGAUUCCAGGUAGGGGCCAACACAAGGGUUGCAGAGUUCUUCUAACCACACGGGAGGUAAGUGUAUUCAACUCAAUGGGAUGCGACAGGAUAAUUAAUCUGGAUCUCUUAUCAGAUGAAGACGCAUGGACCCUGUUCCAGAAGUUUGCUGGUUUAAGCGAUAGUUCAACUCCAAGUUUGCGGGAUAAGGGACAUCAAAUUGCCCGAGAAUGCGGAAAAUUACCACUUGCAAUUGAAGUUGUGGCUAAAAGAUUAAAGGGCCAAGAACAACGACAGGAGAAAUGGGAUCAUGUCUUAACGUCCUUGAAAAAUGCUAUGCCCGUACACGGUGCUGAUCAAAGUUUGAAUGUAGUUUAUAAAUGUUUGAGAUAUAGCUAUGAUAAUUUGGAGAAAGAAGAAGCCAAGAAACUGUUCCUCUUAUGUUCUUUGUUCCCAGAAGAUAAAGAGCUUCCUGCUGAAAUUUUAACUAGAUAUGGCAUAGGAGCUGGUCUUUUUGGGGAAGUUUUUAACAAAUACAAUGUUGCUCGAUUAAAAGUAGCUGAUGCCAAAUAUGAUCUCAUAGAUUCUAGUUUAUUAUUGGAGGCUGAGAAAGGAAGGGUAAAAAUGCAUGACUUGGUUCGAGAAGUUGCUCUAUUGAUGGCUAACAAAGAGAUUCGAGCAAUGAAUUUGUCUGACAAACAUCAAAUGUCAUUGGUAAAAAUGGAGAAGAGUAUGAAAUAUUUGUUAUUGGAAGGCAACGACAAGGAUGUGUUUUCUUAUAGGUUUGAUGAUUCCGAACUUGAGAUUCUUAAAGUUAGCUGUAUGGUUGAAGGAGGCUCAAUGGCAAUGCUAAAGUCAUUCUUCGAAAAUAUGAAAAAGCUUCGAGUUUUACAUUUAUCAUCUCAGGAUUGGAGGAGAACGUCUCUAUCAUUGCCACAGUCAAUCGAGUCAUUGACGAAUAUUCGAUCUCUAAUCCUGGAAAGAUUGAGAUUAGGUGACAUCUCUAUUCUGGGAAAACUACAAAGCCUCGAGGCCCUUGAUUUGGUUCGUUGUGAAGUGGUCGAAUUGCCACGUGAAAUUGCGGAGCUAAAGAGACUUAGAUUGCUGAAGUUGGAUCAUUGUGAAAUUGGAGGGAAUAAUGCAUUUGAAGUGAUUGAAAGAUGCUCAUCACUAGAAGAAUUGUAUUUCAUUAAAUUCAAGGUUCACAGCUCAGCCAUUCAUAAGAAAAUAACCUUGCCUCCUGCAUUGCAAAGGUAUCAUAUAAGAGAUCAGUAUCGGUAUGGGUUUGGUAUUGAAGCGUACGAUUCAAUAUCAAAAUUUGUGUCUAUUCUAAAUAUUGAUACUUAUUUCUCUGAAACAACAUUCAAGGAUCUGGUGCAAACAGCAGAGGCUCUUGAGCUAGAAGGAUUUAAGGGGGAGUGGAGAAAUCUCAUACCUGAUACUGUUCCGAUAGAUCAUCUAGUGAAGCUUUGUUUGAAAUCUUGUUCAAAAUUACAAUUUCUAAUUGACAGUCGGCGUAUUACUCCGGAACAAAACAUCACCUCCAAGUUGAAUGUACUAGAAUUGACGGAAAUGAAAAAUUUGGAAGAACUAUGCAAUGGUCCCCUUCCCUCUGACUUUCUGAAGAGUUUAGAGACGCUAAGUAUCAAAUCCUGUAAAGUUUUGCGAAGCAGAUUGUUUAAGAGCAAGCUAAACGUCUCCAAUCUCAAGACCAUUACACUGCGGGAUUGCCCAAAGUUGGUAACCCUAUUUCCAUUGUUGACUUCUCAAAGCCUAAUGCAGUUGGAGGAAUUGGGGAUACAUGACUGUGAGCAACUGGAAAACAUAAUAGAAGAUGAAAGAACUGGGGAGGAAUUGGGAGACAAAACAGUUGAUGGUGAUAAUGAUAACAAGGGAAAAAGUCCCGGUUCAAUGUUUCCAAAAUUGAAAACUCUUUAUAUCGAGAGAUGUCCCCUACUGGAAUUUAUACUUCCGGUCCUUUCUGCUCGAGACGUUCCUGUACUAGAAUCUGUCACUAUAGGAUACAUAUUUGGCAAAUACCAACAUGAAAAUGAAGAGCUGGAUUUGCAUCAAGAGGUAAAGGAUGUCGUACUUGCUUCAUUGCAAAAAAUGUUGCUCACUUCCUUGCCAAGUUUCAUCGACAUUUUUGCCAAAAGUUAUCGUCCCGAGUGUUCGUCCAGAAAGAGUUUAUCUUCCAAGUCACAAAUGCAAUCGGAGCCAAUGAAAUGCAAUAUCUUCACAUUGACUCAUAAAUAUAGACACAAAUUGAGGAGUUCCACAAGUGCUCAAAUCCCAUUGCAUCGCUUCUCAGCCUCAUCGGCAUCGAACUCAUACCAUCUUCAGCUUUGGGAAGGUGCUCAAUGUCUUUCAAAACAAUUCCAGAUCCUGCGUAACAUGAAAGAGAUUCAACUAUGGAAUCUUCCAAGGAUAGAAUCCGUAUUUAUUCUGUCUAUUGCUCCAACAAUGGUUUUGGAAACUUUGAUAGUUCAGCAUUGUCGUAAAUUGAAGCACAUAAUAAUAGAUAAUGGAGAUGACAGCGGUGGCAAAGACUGGGGCAAUGUCUUUCCAAAAUUAAGAAAGCUCUCCGUGAGCUUUUGUAGGAAAUUGGAAUAUAUAUUUGGGCAGUACCCUGAUGAUCAUCAAAACCAUAAUGAGAUUCACCUUCAUCUUCCAGCAUUGAAAUAUCUCUAUCUUUUCAAUCUGCCAAAUUUAAUCGGCAUUAGCCCUAAAAAUUAUCGCACAUCGUCGCCACCUUUGACUGGGUUUGAACUCAAUGAAUGUUCCCAGUUAACCAUUAAAUGUAUUGGUGAUUUGAUGGUUCAAAUGGAUUCAAGACAACAGGAUGCCACAACCACCAAGGUUUGA